CGAGAAUACUCCAGCCGCUUGUAUAUAAACCAACUCGAUGACUUGACCAACUUGCAUUUUUCUUUUGACGGUCUUAGCGAUUCCAUAGAUCGUUGUUCACUUUUUAAUAAGACAGUGUGUAAUCAAAUAGCAAUAAUGUCUUUGGAACGUGCAGUCCGCGCUAAAAUCGCCUCCAAACGAGACCCACAACAAGAAAAAGAAGCCCAAGAAUGGGUUGAAAUUAUCCUAAAAAAGAAAUUCCCUGCUGGUGUUUCCUUCGAGGAAUAUCUUAAGGACGGUCAAGUAUUAUGCCAACUUAUUAACGUAAUCAGCCCAGGAGCAGUACCUAAAUACAACACAACCGGAGGACAAUUCAAAAUGAUGGAAAAUAUUAAUUUGUUCCAAAAAGCCUGCAAGGCUUACGGAGUUGCUGACGUUGACGUUUUCCAAACCGUCGACUUAUGGGAAGCCAAAGACAUCGCUCAAGUGGUUUGCACCUUAUUCGCUCUGGGUCGUGAGACCUACAGACACCCCGAAUGGACUGGACCUUACUUGGGACCAAAACCCUCUGACGAAGCCAAACGUGAUUUCACUGAAGAACAAUUAAAAGCGGGUCAGACGAUCAUUGGUCUCCAAGCUGGACAAAACAAAGGAGCCACACAGGCUGGACAGAACAUUGGUGCUGGCAGAAAAAUUAUCAUCGGCAAAUAAAUCAUACCCCUUAAUCAAUUAUCAAAUAUUAUAUACAAAAAAUGCACAAAAAACAACUAAACAACCGUAAAAUUGUUAUCAAACAGUGUGUCAAAGAUACGCGUUGUUUUCACCAGAGGCAGAUGUGGGAAUAGUUCGCUAAUGAUAUGAUUACAUUGUAUACACUAUACUUAACUUUUAACAUAUUUUGUACUAGUGUUAGGACGUCGCAUUUAAAUUCAUAUUAUGAUUUAUUAUGAAUGAUUUUAUUGUUGGUCUAUACAUUAUUUUCAUAUUCAUUACAAUUUUUUUUUUUUGUACUCGUAUUUUAAUAAAUAAUAUUUAUUUAUAAUGUAAAUGUUUGUGUUGAGAAGUCGUUGGAUUAAAAUGAAAAAAGACUAUUUAUAACAAU